GGUGCUAGCGCUGCCAUCUCACAUGGGAUAUGAAAUUGUUUAAAUGAAUACGUGGCCGACGGACGUAUUUGACACGUAAACUCGUUCAGGAGAAAUGUUCAGAGUGGUUUCCUCUCGUGGUCAACACAUGUUCACAGACUCGGUUGAAUUCAAAGCAGGACUCUAAGUCAAGUUGCCAAUUCUGCGUAUAGUUUUUGACAAUUAAAUGUAUGAAAAGUGAAAGUAAAUGAUUAUCCGGUAUCAUCAGUGUAUUUUUCACAAUUACUUGUUUACUUACAUGCCGAGCCGUGUUAAAUAAAUAUGCGAUCGUGUUUCUAACCUAUCGUUUAAUAAUUCCCCCUUUGAAGUUAGUGAACAAUGAGAUUAAUACCAAAGGAAAUUCUAAUCGAUAAUUUCUAAAUUAAAGUUGACAUUUAACAGCACCUAAUUGAAUUUUAUAAAAAUGAUGCUGUCUUGUACGAAGGAACGUUUGCUUGCGUGGCAAGUACAUAUUGCCACAUUACUUAUUGCAUUCAGCACUAUUCCACCUGGAAUCGAAUGUCUGGAAGUGAUAUACGCAAUCAAUGCUGGUGGAGAGGCGCACGUCGACAGCAUAGGUGUACGAUAUAUGAAAGAUCCACUAAUGGGAAAAAUUGGUACCGCCUCAGACUAUGGAAAACAGUUAAUCAUAGGACGUGUUAAUAAUGUAGAUCAAAUACUCUAUCAAACCGAACGUUACCACCAUAGCACAUUUGGUUACGACAUACCAAUAAAAGAGGAUGGAGACUAUGUGAUGGUGCUGAGGUUCUGCGAGGUUUACUUCAACUCCCCAAAUAUGAAGGUCUUUGAUGUCGUAUUAAAUGGAGAUCAUACCAUUGUUACGGAUUUGGACAUAUUUGAAAAAGUUGGACGUGGAGUCGCUCAUGACGAAUAUAUACCAUUCAAAGUACAAAAAGGAAAAUUAAUAUACAAUGAUGAGGAGUCUGACAUACUUGGUGGCAAGAUAAGGGUUGAAUUCAUUAAGGGUUACAGGGACAAUCCGAAGAUCAAUGCUAUAGCUGUAGUCAAAGGCCAAUUAGAAGAUGUACCUCAAUUGGGGCCAAUUCCUCAAGAACCAGAGGAAUACCGUGGCAUGCAGGAUGAAGAAGAAGAGGCUGUUGUUCGCAGCCGGCACACUAGCGGACCACGUACGCCAGAUCCCUACUCGAUAGAUGACACAUCGAUUUUACUUCCUAUUUAUGUAGCAAUAGGAGCGUUUAUACCUCUUCUUUUCUGUUUAUGCAAACUUUAAUUUAGCUCCGGAUAGGUUCUGACAACUUCCUACGAGACUGAAGUUAGCAACCAGAAUUAGCAUCCAAACGUUCUAAUGUUCUUUCGUAUAAGGUAGCGAAGUCCGAAAAUAAAAAUUUUGUCAAAUACCCCGAACCCCCAACGCUUUUAUAGUUUAGUUACGAGGAUGAAACUGAACCGCAUCUUUCUUUUUCCAAAAAGUUUAACACGUUUGGCUGCCAACUCUAGCUGCUAGUUUCAGCUUCAUAAACUUCCUCAGUUUUCAUAUACUUAAUUACUUAAUAUAUGACCUCUGGAAGACCUGAAAAUAUGAUUUUCUAUUCUUAGUGAGCUAUUAAUUAAGCAACGUACAACCCAAAUCAUAGAGAUUUUAUUGCCUUGUGCUAAAGAUUAUAUUAAAUUAUUUCAUUUAUAGGUGAUAAUAUUGUCAGUUAGUAUUUAUAUGAAUAAUGAUAAUUAAGCUUUUGUUAUUUAACAGAAUGGAUCGAUGUCUGCAGAUAGAUGAAUAUUUGUCAAUCCGUACGAUUGAAUCUGCUUACCUAUUACGUAAAGUAUUCAAUUAGACUGCUACAAUUUCACCUUGUGACCCUAGAAAAACUUUAAUUAGAUGAAAAUGCUAGCUGUGAAGAAGGACAAUUCACACCAUGUACGGAAUUAUUUAAUAAACAGUUGUUUC